GAGGAGACUGGUUGCGUUAUAAAAACACGUCAUUUUUAUUGAAUAAGGCACAAAACAGAUUGACCGCAAGAAGAGCAGCAAAGAUGUACAUUCUAACGCUCGUUUUAUUCAUCGCUGCGGCGCAUGCCGAUUUCGCCCCAAUCCAAGAACCAAUCGAUGUGGGUCAAUACGAGGUCGUGACAUCUUCGCGAAGUGCUCGGCUCAACUGCGGACACAUCAAGCUGCCACUCGGAUGCAAAAUUGCCGACGACUGCUCCGCGAAGACUUGCGAAAUUGGUUUCGCCGGUCUGAACUUUAAGUUCAGUAUUAAAAUCAACAAGUGCGAGAGCCCCCUGACAGUUGGGGUCAGCGUCGGGGUCCCCAACUUAGGCAUCAACUUCGGUCACGACUUUCCCACGGAUCAGCUAGUCCCAAUCCCCAACCUUAUCCCCAGUCUCGGACCUCUCCAAUUCGGCGCUGUGUUUGUCAUGGUCAAGAUGCACAAUAGCGGCUCCAACCUCAACCUCCAGGUAGAACUUCAGGCUGGCAUUGCGAUCAACAACAAACCCAUGUUCCCUAUCAAGUUCGACUUAUUCAAUGGAAACCUGCCAAUCAGCACCAGCGAUUGUAACGAAGGCGGCGGUGGUCUACCUCCCCCACCCCCUGGUGGUGCUUGCAGCGACUCGAAUGACUUCUGCAAGUUCAUGGGGAGCCAGUGUAGCAACCCCGAGGUGGCUAGCAAGUGUAUGCUGACAUGCAAGCAAUGCUAAAUAUCGACGCAAAAACACUACCAAGUUUGACAAAAAAUCACACUUUAGUAACUACAUACUGUAAUAAAAUAAAGAAAUAAUGUGUGUUACAUUCUGUGGAAAACUGAAAUAAACGAUGAAUAUGUU